UUCGAGAGACACACGUGUUUGACAUUUGACCUUCACGCCUCAUGCUCCACAAUUCAAGGGGGAGGAACCAGAUUGAUGAAGGGGGGGAAACCAUUUGCAUAUUUUGGACGACAGUGGAGUUUAAAGUCAAUCACACUUGCUACAAUAUAUCCACACGUCAUACACGAACUGUUCCACGUGGCCGCUGGGUACCACGAGCAGGACAACUACAAAUCGAUCGCCGUGGCCCCGGUCUUGUUCAACAACGUCAUGCAGUACUACAGAAAGGAGUUCAAGCCAGCGUAUUCCAAGAAAGCUAAAGUGGUUGACGGGACUAUCAUCACAUCGUUCUUCGACCUUGGCGCCCCUACCCUGUAUCCUCUUUAUUCUGCGUCAGAAACUGGUUUCCCGGUGUAUGACGUCAUGUACCAGGACCAGUUCGUCAGUGACGCCAAGCGAGUCUUCAUGGACGAGAUCUCGCGAGACAUCAGCGACCUCUACGACUGCUGGGGUAUGAAGAAUUGCGGGACGAAGCCCAUAUGUGACAACGAAGGCUACCCAGGCUACUACAACAAAGAGUGUGGGUGUGUGUGUCCCAGAGGACUCGAUUCAGUCUCCAACUGCGACGCUAUCAAAACUAAACCUUCUGGUUCAUGGCCCGACACCGACAUACAGUUGUUGAAGACGACGUCGGGCUGUCCAGCUGGAUUGACGGAGUCCACUGCUGUCGUGACCGGCAUUACUGCCAUGACGACGUCAUCGUACUACAACCUAGCGACGGCGUUGUCUGGCGACACGUUGACUGUAUAUCUCUGCAGCAAGCCGUCUGCUGGAAACACGGAGGUGUGGGACCACGGCAUGAACGGCUUUCUGGCGGGAAACAACCAGUGUCCGUCUGCACUGGAAAGUGGAGAUAUAAACUUCUCUUCUACAAGCGGGGCGAGUGUGGGCUCCCUGGAUUUCUGUGUUCAGCAAGGGCUAGUCGAGGAACCGCUGAUGGGACUUCCCACAACAGACGAGUUCGCCGUUUUCUCUCGAUCUGACACCUGCCAGGAAAUAGACGGAUUCGUCGCCCGGAGAGACUCGUUCACAAUCCACCACCCAGAUAUAGUGACGUCAGGAGAUCUACCGUACCAUACCCUCACGAACAGCAAUGGCGAAUUCGUCGUCAAAUUCGACGUCUGCGUGUACACGCCCCUCUCUUACAAUUGUGGCGCUGUUAUCAAGCUGGAUGCUGCGAAUCCAUCACAAGUGAUCACCUCGUUUAACCACCCUUCCAACUACCCGGCGAAUACGGAAUGUAACUGGUUCAUAGAGGUAGAAGACGACGCCAAGAUUCGAGCAGAGUUUUUAGCUUUUGAUGUCGAUGACACCGACACCUUCACCUACCGCCGAUACAUUCUCAACGCCGUUCCAUCCAAGCUGACUAAAACAAGUUCUCUUCCACGAAACCUCGUGUCUGUCUACAAUCGCAUGGCUCUACACUUCCGGUCAGGAGCCGUCGGGUCUCAAGGAACUGGUUUCCAGAUAGUAGUUACGCGUCUUGGAGCUGAGGACUACUGCUACGGUUUGGGUGACAAGGGCGAGAGCUAUGACGGUAACUGGAAUUAUGCCAUCGACGGUACAAAAUGUCUGCCCUGGGACUUGCGCUUUGACAACAAUGUCACAAUCAGUGGAUACGCAGACUACGAAGGGAGUGCCGCCACGUUCCUGACGGGCUCGGCUUGUAGAAACCCGCAAGGCGUUCUCAAUAAACCGGCGUGCAUAACGUUUGUCAAGGAAGGAAACUACUCGAUGCGAUACUGUGAUGUGUGUCACAAUGAGUAUGGAAUACAAGACAUAUACGACGACUGCAACACAGCUGUGUCCAUCGACCCCUCGAUCUGCACAGGCUCCACUGCUGGGAAAUGUCUGAAGACUUGCGAGAAUUUGAACCAUAUAGCAGUGAUAGCGAUUCCACCGAAAGUUGGUGAUGUAACCUGUCCAUCGCCGUCUAUUCCUUCGGGUGCCAUCCAGGAAGCUUCAACAGUGAAGAGUUUUUACCACCCUGGUGACGUCAUAAAGAUGGACUGUUCAUCUGUCGGUCUGACCUGCUUGUCGUCCGGUAAAUGGACGGAAUGGAAUGACAUUUGUAAAGGUUGCCACCCUGGCUGGGCUGAAAAUUUGGGCAAGUGUUACAAACUGACAGGUCGGAUUGACGACUGGUACAAGGCCAGCACUUACUGCUUCUAUUAUUACGAUGCUCAUUUUGUGUCUCCAAAGACAGACGCUGAACACCAGUUCUUCUUACAUUGGAGAAAACAUAUCAAGAAGAACAGCAAAUGGUGGUUAGGUGGGCGGAACUGGGGCAGCGGCUGGAAGUGGGAUGACGUAGACACACUGAUGUCGUCGUUUGAAACACAUAGCAGUUUUGGAACACCCAACGACCAGAAUGGGGGUAAAAACUGCGUUGUUCACGGUCCUCAGAAUGUGUGGUUUUCUGAAGUCUGCAAUGACGAGUACAACUACAUUUGCGAAAAGCUACUGGAAGGAAGUCCAAUCACGUGCACAGAUCGCAAAGAUGAAUGUGCCAAUCUACUGAGAGACAAUCCUCUGGCCUGUACAGACCCUGUGGUGAAGACCAACGUGUGUGCCUACACGUGUGGGGCUGAGGUCUGCAAGACGUCAGGCAACGAAUGCUUCAAUUUGCCUACUCCUGAACACGCAUCUAUGGUAGAGGCGAAGACUUCCUUGGGUCCUGGCGACUUCGUCCAGUACACGUGUGACCCGGGAUAUGAACUUCAGAGUGGAUCCCUGACCAGGGCGUGUCUCAGAAAUGGAGAACUCUCCGGGUGUCUUCCCGUUUGUAUACUUGCUGCCGACGCAAUCACGAAAGUGAAUGAUUUCCCCAUGGGAAUGUUCCGAAAAACAACACCAAAAGAUUACGUGUACACCGGGGAAUCGCAACAGCUGACCAUCACUCGUAGUGGCUAUCUCUACUCCUGGGAAAUCUACUGCGCAUGCACCGGAACAGUGUUGCUGCAGGUGUGGCGUGCACAGGCGAAUACGCCACUAACGUAUGAACUCGUUGGUCAGAACUCAAUUGAAUGUUUCGCUGGAUUUGCAAGGGAGAUAAUUAUCGACAGCUCGGAGAGGAUUCCGGUCGAGAGUGGCGAUCUUCUUGGAUUCCUGGACAGCGUGGGUGGCUGCUUGACGUACUACCCGUGUUCCGACACCAUUAUGCCGCAGUACGCUAACGUUCACCUGCAGAACGCAUGGCCCAGCGAGAUGACGCCGUCAGUUAAUUUCGACUUCGUAACGUCAGCGUGUUAUAUGUUUGCACUGAACGCAAAAAUUGGAACUUAAGUGACGACACGAUCCCGGCGUUGCUUUCCACUGAUGACAAGUUUCAGGAAUCUUGAGACAAACUCACAACUGCGUUCUACUGGAGAUGAAAGACGAACAUCUACAUUGUUUGUAUUUUCCUCUCUGACGCUGUUGUUAAUAAAAUAAUUGCACAAC